UCCUGAAACAGCCGGCGUCUCCUUCCAUACCCCAGCCCCCCUCCCUCAGUCCUCCCAAGUCAGUGUCCCCAGCAGGUGAUCUGUAAAUCUGGCGGGACGUUCUGAGCACCGCCCCGUGAAAAAGAUCUCUGCCGAUCUCUUGAACGCUGGCAGAGACGUGUUGAACACUCAGCUAGACAGAUAUAGCAGCAGCUGGAGAAACAGUGUCCCAAACGGGUACCGUAACCACUCUACUAUUGCUCUUUCAAACACCUUCGGGGACAAAAGCAUUGCUCUGUGAGGUGCUGCUACGAGGCCACAGGCAGCCAAAAUGGAGAUUUCAAUUGAAGAUCAGAGCAGCAGCUCAACGGCAAACUUUGAGUUCAAGGGAGCUCACCAGGCCUUCAGGGAUCGCUGGAAAGAAACAGAUGAAACCAUGUGUCGCCACAGCAUGUCCUUCCACCUGCACCACACACUCAGGAGCGAGUUCUUCGCCAGCUACCUGUACCUGCUGGAGAAGACUCCUGUGGUGAAGCUGUUUCCAGUCACCUGUGAGUACAUCAAAGGAGAAAAACAGUUCUACUACAGAGCUCAGCAGUUCUACGAGGACGUCUCCGCCUCGGAGGAGGGCAUGCUGGGAGACUUUAUGGAGAUAGGCCACGUUGAUCUGGAGGGUUCCCGGCAGUUUCUGAAGAGGUUUGUGGGUCCCGGUAAGGCCACAGGUACACACUGUGCCCUGGACUGUGGCUGCGGGAUCGGCCGUGUGUCCAAAGGCGUCCUCCUUCCUGUGUUUGAGAAAAUGGAGAUGGCGGACAUGAUGGAGCACUUCCUGCUCCACGCACAUGAGGAGUACCUUGGCGACGAUGCUGACCGCAUCGAGACCUACUACUGCUACAACCUGCAGGAGUUCACGCCUCCAAAAAACAAGUACGACGUCAUCUGGAUGCAGUGGGUGGCAUGCCACCUAACAGACAAGGACCUGAUGAACUUCCUGAUUCGCUGUAAGAAGAGUCUGCGUCCAAACGGUGUCAUCAUAAUUAAAGACAAUAUGGCGCGACAGGGCUGCAAGCUGGACCCUAUCGACAGCAGUAUCAGCCGCCACCUGGACAUCAUGAAAAACAUCAUCGCCAAGGCCGGCCUGGAGAUCCUGGCUAUUGAGAAGCAGGAAGGUUUCCCUGAGAUCAUCAUUCCUGUCUGGAUGAUUGCUAUGAAAUAGAAGUGACAUUUUUACCGUGAAGAGAUUCAGGUUGUUAUUGCUCAAUUUGACAGAAACUAAAAGGAAAAUCCAACCUAAAGCUGAAUUCACAUGUUAUUCCACUUCCAAGUCUAGAUUUGUUAUCAAGUCAGUGUCUGGCAUUCCUGAUUUGUGUAAACACAUCCUUCUUAAAAUGAAUUAAAAACAGCAAAAAGCACCUUUUCGGGUCCAAUUUAGACACUUGAUUAAGUCUUUGAAAACUACAACACAGCAAAUAAUCUUGUCAUCUGGAUAUAAAUCCUGAAGCGGCGGUGUGGAUGGCGUGAUGGCACCCAGGGCGAUUUUAUGGAGACAGGAGUUCUCUUUCUGUUCAGCACAGAAUAGAAAUAAAGCUUUUAUGUAGACAUGAAACUUCUACAGAAGCACUCUGACUGUAAUUUACAGUCAGCCGGCCACCUCCAGGUUUUGUAUCUUGAUGACAUUAAAGAUAGACCCUCUGAAAUGUAACUGCGGGAGAAGCUUGUUCCUGUCUGAACCACGACGAUCAUUGGAAUAACAUGUGCAGUCAGAUUUACUGUUGGAGUUAAUUAUUUCUAUCCGUUCUUGAUUAAAUCUAACAUGUUACAGCACCAACAAUAUUGUACCAAGAUUUGUAAAACUUUAUUGUUGUUUUUUUUCCAGUUACGAUUAACAUGUGAGCUGUAUCUGGAUAUGUAAUCUGGAGGAUGACAUCUGAUCAGAUAGCAUUAGCUGCUAGCACAACACACCCCAAUCUCUGACUGAACUGUCUCUGGUUGAAUUGCAUUGUUGGUAAAAUCGGUGCCAGGUUUAGACAAGGAAGAAGAAUGCAAGGCAUAAAAAAGACCUGGGCCUUCACGGAUUAAACAUUUAUAAUACAAAGAGUCAUAAUUCACCUCGUUUGCAGUUUGGGGUCUAUUGAGAAAAUGCUUUUUCAGCCACAGGGGAUAUUGUUGCAAUUCUGGAGCAAAUUUUCUUAAGACUAUGGCCACAGAUUGCGUUUACACUAGACCACAUGUAGUUGGGGUCUGGCUGAUCUGAGUCCAGUUGGAUCCAGCUAGCAGACACUACAAACCUCCAAACUGCUUGUACAUGAAGUUACGGUGGCUGAGGAAGAUAAUAAACCAUAGAAGAUCAAAAAUAAAAUAAAAUAAAUGAAACAAAUUAAAAAAAUUACCUUUCAAACACGUACAUUUAAUGUAGACUAAAACUUGAAAACUGUAUGUUGAGAUAAAUGUCCUUAUGUCCUUCCUUCAGAUUUCUUCAUGUUUGUGCUGCAGCCGGAUAUACUUGAUGCUCUGUGCAUUUACAUCUGCAUUAACCUUUCUGUUCCAGAUACAGAUCACGUGCUAACAGCAGGUGGAGAUAUGCUCUUAAAGUCACCUUUCAGUACAGCAUAUAGUUCACUUUUUAUUGCAGUAGAAAUUAUGUUCAUUCAGUGCAGGUUUGUCAGGUGUAAAUAUUAAUUUAGUUUUUUAUGUAUGUUUUAUACUUUUGCUUGUAAUAUUGCACAAUAAUAGACAUUUUUAUAUUGAUUUUCUGUGCAAUUAAUUCUGUGUAGUGCUUAAACUUAGACUUCCACUUUCCAGUCAGUACAUGUUUGUGCAGCUUAUUGUAUAUUUAUUUAAAUUCUGCUGAAGAGGUUUAGUUGCAUUGUUUAUCAAAAAUAAAAAUGCCAAACUCAGAAAGCA